CACAGACUCUCCGCUCGCACAUCGGAAGGACAGAUAGGCAUAUCUUAUUAAUACGUAACUUAUUCUUACUUUGAUCAAUUUACUGCUACAACUUUCUAGGAGAGCUCCAGGCCUUCGCUAAGCCCGACACAACAGAAGUUCAGCAGGAUGAUGAGCGAUGACAGCCAGGACGCCCUCAGAUCCAUCACCCGAAAGCCGGGCCUGCAGAUAUGGACCAUCAAUAACAUGAAAAUGGUUCCAGUUCCAGUCAAAGCCUUUGGUAACUUCUUUGAGGGAGACUGCUACAUCGUUCUGUAUUCGAGUGAGAAGAGGGGCUCGAGCCAGUCUGCCGACAUCCACUACUGGAUCGGGAGGCUCUCGUCUCAGGACGAGCAAGGCGCGGCGGCCAUCUUUGUCACCCAGCUGGACGAGCACCUGGGCGGCAGCCCCGUGCAGUACCGGGAGGUGCAGGGCUACGAGUCGGCCCGCUUCAGGAGCUACUUCAAAAAUGGCUUAAUCUACAAGAAGGGCGGGGUGGCCUCGGGCUUCAACCAUGUCGACACCAAUGCCUACAACGUCCUGCGGCUGCUGCACGUCAAGGGGAGGAAGCAUGUCACGGCGACUGAGGUGGAGGUGGCAUGGAGCAGCUUUAACACCGGAGACAUCUUCCUGCUGGACAUGGGGAAAGCCAUCGUGCAGUGGAACGGCCCGCACAGCAACCGGAGGGAGAAGCUCAAGGCCGUCCUGGUGGCUCAGGACAUCCGCGACCGAGAGCGGGGCGGCCGUGCCCAGAUCGGUGUGGUGGAUGGGGGGGACGAGAGGGACUCGCCGGAGCUGAUGAAAGUCAUAACGACUGUGCUGGGCCCAAAGCCCGGACAUCUGAAAGACCCCACUCCGGACGACGUCUCCAACAAAUCGGCUCACAGCGGCGUCAGACUCUACCAUGUUUCUGAGGACAGUGGGAAUCUUGUGGUUCAGGAAGUGGCCAUUCAACCUCUGACACAAGAUCUGCUGCGAUCCUCUGAUUGCUACAUUCUGGACCAGGGCGGCUCCAGUGUGAUGGUCUGGAAGGGCAAGCAAGCCUCCCAGGCAGAGCGGAGAGAAGCUCUGAACAGGGCGGUGGGUUUCAUCAAAGCCAAAAAAUACCCACCCAACACCACCGUGGAAGUGAUGACCGAGGGAGGAGAGUCCGCCAUGUUUAAGCAUUUGUUCAAAUCCUGGAAAGACAAAGGGCAGACCAAGGGUCUGGGCACUACGUACAGCACUGGAAAGAUAGCUAAAGUUGACCAGACGAGGUUUAACACGAUGGAGCUCCACGCUCGCCCUCAGCUGGCAGCGCACCAUCGCAUGGUGGACGAUGCUUCUGGAGAUGUUAAGGUGUGGCGCAUUGAGAAUCUGGAGCUGGCUGAGGUCAACCCGAGGUCAUACGGACAGUUUUACGGCGGCGACUGCUACCUGGUGCUGUACACGUAUCAGCGAGCGGGCCAGCAGAGGUACAUCCUCUACAUGUGGCAGGGACGCCGUGCCACCAAGGACGAGAUCACGGCGUGCGCCUAUCAGGCCGUCAACCUCGAUAACAAGUACAAUGGCGCCCCGGUGCAGGUCAGGGUGGUCAUGGGGAAGGAGCCUCAACAUUUCCUGGCCAUUUUCAAAGGCAAAAUGAUUAUUUAUGAGGGAGGCACUAGCCGGUCUGGCGUGGACACCCCUGAGCCUCCCAUCAGGCUUUUCCAGGUGAGAGGCACGACUGAGUUCAACACCAAGGCCACCGAAGUUCCAGGGAGGGCUUCGUCUCUCAACAGCAACGACGUCUUCCUGCUGAAAACCGACCGCCUGUGCUACCUGUGGUACGGAAAGGGCUGCAGCGGGGAUGAGAGGGUGAUGGGCAGAGCCAUCUCUGAUGUGCUGUCCAAGCACAGCAAGCAGGUGGUGAUGGAGGGCCAGGAGCCAGCUGAAUUCUGGGUAGCUCUGGGUGGAAAGGCUCCCUACGCCAGUGACAAAAGGCUGCAGAGGGAGGAGCCGCUCCACAGCCCCCGCCUGUUCGAAUGCUCCAAUCAGACGGGCCGCUUCAGGAUGACCGAGGUGGAUGAUUUUGCCCAGGAUGACCUGGAUGAAGAGGACGUCAUGCUGCUGGACUCCUGGCAGGAGAUCUUCUUGUGGGUUGGAAACUUCGCCAACCAGAAAGAGACCAAAGAGGCCUGGAACAGCGCCCAGGAGUACCUGCGGAUGCACCCGGCGGGCCGCGACCCCGACACGCCCAUCAUCUUCAUCAAACAAGGGCACGAGCCGCUCACCUUCACCGGCUGGUUCAACGCCUGGGAUCCUCUCAAGUGGAGCGGAGGCAGCUCCUAUGAGGAGAUGAAAAGAAAGCUGAAUGAUCCAGCAUCUCUCUCACAGAUCACUGCUGGUCUGGACACCACGGACUUUGACAGGAGUCCGGUCGGGAUGGGUGGGGGUGGAUAUGGGGCCCCGGGGGGCCCCGUGAGUUCCCCUUCUUUCUACAGGGUCCACUCCACCGAUCGGUCCCCCAGAUCCUCUCUCCCCAGCAGCCCGUCCCCCGUCAGAAUCCACUUCAGGUCCUCCUCCUCCGGGGCGAAUUCCCCCCGGCCGCCCUCGGCGGACGACGGCGGGAUGUACCUGCAUCCCGACCUCCUCGUGAACAAGUCUGUCAGCGAUCUGCCGCCGGGGGUGGACCCCAGCCAGCGAGAGGACUACCUGUCCGAGCUGGACUUUGAGCGCCUGCUGGGCACAAGUCGCGCAGAAUUCACAAAUAUGCCGAAGUGGCGUCAGAACGACUUGAAGAAAAAGGCGGGACUCUUCUGAGAAUUACAGUUGAGAAAAUGGAAAUGUGCCUCUGAUUUUUUUUUUUUUUUUUCUAACUUAUCUGCCAAGUUAUUGUGAUUAUUGAUGUUUGCAGAGAAUGAUUUUUACAGUCUGAUUGUUAAAUUUAAGGACUGAUCAUUUAUUUUAAGUCUAUUUUGAAUUGUUCUUUGUAUCUAUGUGUUUUAAUAUGAUCGUACGAUGAUCGAAUUUUACCAUAUUUCAAGCUUGCGACAUUUAUGUA